CGAUUUUUGAAAUAAUAUUUUCCUAUACGCGGCUUUCAAAGUGAGUAUGGAAUUCCUUUGACAUAUCAGAGAACCGGCGCGGAUGCUCUUAUACGGUUCAUGUAGACUUGAUAUCUGACUUUUCUCAUUCCAAACUUCUUCUCAGAUCUUACCACGUUGACAUCAUUCAUCUAAUUCCAUGGCUAUUGCUCAACCUUGUUUUAGUUAUGAUAUUUUUUUAAGUUUUCGAGGCGAAGACACUCGUAACGGUUUCACAGAUCAUCUCUAUACAGCCUUGAAGCAAGCAGGAAUCCGCGCUUUCCGGGACAAUGAUUCAAUGGAGAGAGGAAAAAUGCUGAAGCUAGAACUGAAGAAAGCCAUCCACGAGUCUGCAAUUUCACUCAUUGUUUUCUCAGAAGGCUAUGCAUCAUCCAAAUGGUGUCUCGAUGAGGUUAUGAUGAUUAUUGAAGAACACGAGACUUCAUCCUGUAAACAUCAAUUCGUACCUGUGUUCUACAAAGUGGAACCAUCUGAUGUUCGAAAUCAAACAGGAUGCUUUAAAGACGCAUUUGAUGUGUAUGAUGAUGAAGUCAACGUAGAAACAAACCUUCGAAAGAAGAAAAAAUUGUUAGAGAAGGUGGGGGCAUGGAGAGAUUCUCUUAACAAAGCUGCAACCUUUACAGGAUUGGUAUAUAAAGAUGGGUACGAGUCCAGAUUCAUAAUCAAUAUUCUAAAUGUUGUAAUAAAGAAAGUGGACAACAAGGCCCUACACAUUGAGGAGAAACUAGUGGGAAUAAAGGACCAUCUUGCUGAGAUCCAAUCAUGGUUAGAAGAUCGGUCACCUGAUGCAGUAGUCCUUCUAAUUGAUGGGAUGGGAGGCAUUGGGAAAUCAACCAUAGCCAAAUGCAUAUUUAACUUAAACUUUCGAAACUACAAUGGUAGUUGCUUUCUGGCAGACAUUAAUAAGGAGACGUCAAAUAAAAAUAGUACACUCAAUCGCUUCCAGAGUCAGCUUCUUUCCACUAUUUUAAGGAGUGAAAAAGAAGAAACUAUAUGGAAUGUUGAUGAAGGAACCAAUAAGGUGACAAAUGCCAUAUCCAACAAAAAGGUACUUCUUAUCCUUGAUGAUGUUGCAACAAUGGAACAGUUAGAUGCCUUACUAGGACCGAAAAGGUUUUAUCCUGGAAGUAAAGUGGUCAUAACAACUAGGCACACAUGGUUGUUGACUGCUUUCAAAGAUCAUGGUAAGGUUCACUCCCUUGGAACAUUAUCCAUGGGCGACGCUACUGAACUCCUUAGUUUGCAUGCGUUUGGUCAACACCAACCCGUUGAACCCUAUAUUGUCCACUUAGAAUUAGUUGUUCAGCGCUGCAAUGGCCUUCCUUUGGCUCUUAAAGUAUUGGGAUCUUCCCUACGUGAAAAGACAAAUGAUGAAUGGGAAGAUGCAAUUCACAAACUGGCUGCAAUUCCUCAUCGUGAGAUUCAAGAAGUUCUACAAAUAAGCUAUGAAACUUUGGCAGAUGACAAGGAUAAAGGUUUAUUCUUGCAUAUUGCUUUCUUCCUCGAGGGUGAGGAAAGAGACUACAUUGUGAAAUUAUUGACUGAAUGUAAUCUACACCCUAUUGUUGGGAUCAAGAAUCUAAUGGAUAGAUGUCUAGUUUAUGUUGAAGAUGGGAGAGUGAUGAUGCAUCAAUUAAUCAAGGAGAUGGGACGAGAAGUUGUUCGCCAGGAAUCAGAAAAGGAACCUGGGAAAAGAAGUAGAUUGUGGGAUCAUCAGGACUGUAUUAAUGUGUUGCAAGACCAUACCGGUACAGAAACUGUAGAAGGACUCACGCUUGAUAUACAAAAGUUCAUGGAAGCCGAAUCAAGAGAUGAUGAUGCAUAUUUCCAAAUUAGUGCCCUGGAGAAGAUGAAGAGUCUAAUUCUACUUCAACUUAAAAAUGUAGUAUUUUCUGGGAAAUACAAGAAGUUUCCCAGAAAGUUACGAUUGUUGAGUUGGCAUGGAUUUUCUCUAAAAGCUAUACCAGGUGACAUUUCAUUGGAGAAGUUGGUGAUACUUGACAUGAGCUACAGCAAAUUAACACGUGUUUGGGAUAACUUCAUGUACAUUGGAUCCUUAAAAAUCCUUAAUCUUAGCUAUUCAUUUGACCUGAUUGAAACCCCUGAUUUUGGCGGAUUCCCUAAUCUGGAGAGCUUGAUCCUGAGACAUUGUUGGAGUUUAAUCAAGGUUGGUGAAUUGAUUCCACACCUUAAAAAACUAAAUUCGUUAGAUCUAACCAAUUGUAGAAGCUUGAGAGAUCUUCCAUGCUUACCUAGAUCCGUUGAAUCGCUUCAAAUAUCUGGUUGCAAAAAGCUUGAAGUUCUUGGAUCGAUUGCAGACCUUACAAAACUAGGCUCAUUAGAUCUAAGCGAUUGUGAAAGCUUGAGGAAUCUUUGGUGCUUGCCUAGUUCCAUUGAAUGGCUUUAUAUGAAUGGAUGCAAAAAGCUUGAAGUUCUUGGAUCGUUUGCAAACCUUACACGACUAUACUCAUUAGAUCUAACCAAUUGUGAAAGCUUGAGAAAUCUUCCAUGCUUACCUAGAUCCCUUAAUUAUCUUAAAUUGUAUGGUUGCAAAAACCUUGAAGUUCUUGGAUCGUUUGCAAACCUUACGCAACUAUACUCAUUAGAUCUAAGCUAUUGUAUAAGCUUGAGGGAUCUUCCGUGCUUACCUAGAUCCCUUGACUCGCUUCAAAUGUGUGGUUGUGGAGUUCUUGGAAGGGUCGAUCAGUGCUUGGAUUCUUUUUCAUCACUUUCCUUUUUAACGGAAGUGAAUUUGUCACACUCCUAUCUCUUUGUCAAUUCUUUCCCAGAUGAAUGGGGUAGCCUGGUCUCACUCGUGAAGUUGAAUAUAGAUGGCAACAAUAUAACCUUCUUACCAAAAUGUGUUCAAACCCUACCGAGAAUUGAAGAGCUGAGAGUCUCACAUUGUUCAAAACUCCAAUCAGUUCUAGGUCUCCCAAAUUCCGUCAAUGAGCUGUUUGUCAAUGACAAUGAAUCCUUGGAAAAAGUACAGCCUGCAGAAAAUUCAAGGACCGUAGUGCACCACAUGAACUGCCCUAAAUUGUGUGAGAUCACGGGUCGUUAUAAGAUUCAGUUAAUAGAUAAAGUUGAGAGGAAAAUUAUACGGUAUCUGGGAUUAGAAUCAAAUGCAUGUGAAGGAAUGGAGUUGGAUCUUGAGGUGUUCCAUGAGUUUGGCAUAUUCAGCACAUUUGUUUCAGAAAAACAAACCCCUUCUUAUUCCUGCUUCACAUAUAAAGAAAUGGGCUCACGAAUUUCAUUUAAAGUUCCUUUGUAUAGUAAUAGUUUGAGAAUAAUUGGCUUUAAUAUGUGUGUCGUUCUUUCUCUAUCAUUCUUGCAAAUGGGUCUUGAUCUGGAGAUUGGAGUACAAAACAAGACCAAAGAUUUGCUGUGGAGUUACUUUAAAAGAGAUCAAAAUAUCCGUAAGAAUGCAGGAAAUUUCGCAUUGUUAAGCCUUUGGAGGUGUGGCAAUCUGUUGGAGGGUGGAGAUGAAAUCAUCAUACGUGUCUUUUCUCGUAUAAUACGUGUAGAGGAAUGUUGUAUAAACCUUAUAUACGAAGAUUAUGAAGAAUUACUUGAUGAAGAAAGAAAGGAGGCUCAUGAUGUCAAUGUCUUUGAUCAAAUGUUGUGGACUGAUAGAAUGGAUAAAGAUAUAUCGCAUUAUGUUUUCCCGGGGAAGAAACAUGUGUUCCGAGAUGACCAUCUGGAAUAUAAUGCAAGAAAGGAAAAAUGGGAGAGACCAACAAUCUCAUACCCCAUUAAUAGCCCCCAAGACAGGAGCCUAGUGGUUGACACGCGGUAUUUCAUAAAGGGGAUUCAAGACAAAGUUGAGAGCAAAAUUCAGGUGUUACAUGAGUUUGGAAUAUUCAGCACAUGUGUUUCAGAACAUCUAUUUGCAAGUGAGUCAAUCUAUUGGUGUGUGGAGAAUGGAGAUCACAUUGUUGGUCCAUUUGUAACUUUCAUGUGUGGAGUGGCAUCAUUUACCAUCUUGAGGUGGAUCUGUAUUUUGGAUUAACUUAUUAGAGAAUGUAUCUUUUCUAAAUUUUAUUGAUAUGUCAUGUCCAUGAAAAAAUUAGAGAAACUCAUUAUAAAAUCACAAAUUGUGGCAGUAGCUUGAAUAUAUUUUUAUAUUGGUUAUACG